AUGACGUCACGCCCGCGCCGGAAGUUCUUCGUUCUGUUUACAUGUCACCUUUUUGUUGUGUUUAAAAAGCUCUUAAAAAUGUCCAGAAAGCGGGCAGAGAGCGGCAGUCUGAGGGCCUGUGUGGAGCAGCAGCUGGCGGCCGCAGCCUCGGGGGUCCUGGGGCUGCUGGAGGAGCGCGGCCAGGCGGAGCUGGAGGAGCUGCGGGCGCUGCUGAUGAAGCGGAUCGCGGCGGCCGUGGACUCCAUCCUCACCACGUUCGAAGCGAGCAGAGCGGCCGGAAGAGGGACUCUGGAGCCGGGAGAGAGGCGGAGAGGAGGCCGCGGAGAGCAGCCAACAAAACUGUGUCUGUCUGUUGGUGUUAGGAGUCAGCCUUUCCAGAGACCAUCUGGUUCCAUUUCCAGACUCGAGCAGCAGGCGGCUUUUCCAGACGAAGACACGGCAGCUGAGGAGGAAGAGGAUGAUUUUGUUGCAGCAGACGAAACAUCUCCCAGCUGCAAAGUCUGUGGAAAAUCCUUCGACACGAAAGGCUUUUUGAUCAAACAUGUGGAGAAACAUGCCAAGGAAGAGGCGAGUGGGUGCGGUGUGUGUGGGGAACUUUUGGAGUCCAGCGCUGAGCUGAAACGGCAUCUUCAGACGCAUCGCGACAGCUGCAGGACCUGCGACUUCUGUGGCAAAAAGUUCCCCUCGAUCCGAGCUAAGGAGACGCACACGCGGCUGCACACCGGUGAGAAACCGUUCAGCUGCCGCCACUGUGGCAAAGGCUUCAGCCAGAAGGGCAACAUGAUGACUCACCUGCAAACCCAUGUAGAAGAAAAACUCUCUGAAGACUUUGUCCACAGUGUUUCACCAGAGCAAGACAUGAAGACCGACAGUGAACAGACGGCGUUCACCUGCAAAGUCUGUGGAGCAGACUUCCUAACGACCUCUGACCUCAGGAGACACGCCCGAACCCACAAUCAGCCGACCAACAGGACCAAACGCAGAAAGCCGAGUCUGACUCCUUCUCACUCUUGCAAGGUCUGCGGGAACGCUUUCCACAAUAAAGGGAACUUACUGCGACACACAGAGACACAUUUAAAUCACCCCGAUCUCCUGUGUGGCGUCUGUGGAGAGCGGGCCGAGUCGUCCGAGAGCUUGCAGCUCCACAUCCAGAGUCACAGAGAAAUGAGCAAGGCCUGCGACAUCUGUGGUGACAACUUCAGGGACAUGGAGAUCCACAUGAGAACGCACUCCGGGCAAAAGCCUUUCAGGUGUAAAGACUGCUGCAAGGAUUUCCCCAGGAAGAGCUCCCUGGAGAGACACCUGAAGCUACACGCCGGCGAGAGGCCGUACAUCUGCGAGUUCUGCGGAAAGACUUUCAUCGAAAGCACCGUCCUCAAGCGCCACAUCAACAGCCACACCGGCGGGAAGCCCCGUAUUUACACUUGCGAAACCUGUGACAAGAAGUUCACCAUGAGCCAACAUCUGGACGUGCACAAGAGGAUCCACACAGGGGAGAAGCCGUUCCCCUGCAAGGUCUGCAGCAAAACCUUCAGGCAGAUCGGCAACCUGGACUCCCACAUGAGGAUCCACACGGGCGAGAAGCCGUUUAUCUGCAGCCUCUGCGGGAAAACCUUCCGCCAGAAAAUCUCGCUGGAGACGCACGAGCGUUUCCACAAGAAGGACAAGGCGUUCGUCUGCCAGGUGUGCAGGAAGGGCUUCGUGCAGAAGAUCGACCUGAAGAGGCACAUGCUGACGCACACCGGCGAGAAACCCUUCAGCUGCCACGCUUGCGGAAAGAGCUAUCAGGAGAAGCGCUCGCUGGAGUCGCACAUGAAGGUCCAUGCGGGGGAGCAGGCCGCCAAGGACCCGGCUGUGAUGUCACACAUGAAGCAGCUGGAGGCGGAGGUCCAACCUCAGUUCACUCAGCUGUGAUCUGUUGCUGUUUGUACGUAACAACUCAGCUCUUUCCCGUCUGAUAUAGGAAAAAUGGCACAAAACAGGAAGUCUGCUCUCACAUAAAGAGACAAAGCUUCCUGUUUCUGAUGCUUUCUGACAUCACCUUACAUUCUGAUUUAAAAGCUUAAUGAUUAGUCACAACAGAAAUAUUUUUAUUGCUUCUGUUAGUGAAUAAUUGAACAUUUCUAACAGCAAAUUGGAGCCAUUUUUACUCUUGUCACUACUAUUAUUCAUUUUGAAUGAAUUUUGCUCAAAAAUCCCUUGAAGUUCAGUUCUGUGCUUUAAUGUGUGCAAAAAACAAAAGUGAGCUACAAAUAGCUACUUUGAGGUGAUCUGCUGUAAAUAUUUCACAUUUUGGUUUAAUUUGUACAUUUAACUUUGCUCCUGAACUUGGAGGAUUUUAAGAGUUUCUGUUAAGCAAAGAGUCGACUUGUGUCAUCUUUACUUUCAUAAUAAACAUUUUUAUUGUAAUUUAUCCAGAAAUAGGGAAGAAAAGAUCAGAACAUUUUGGAUAGAAAACCAGUAAAAUAACAACACUAUUCCUAUGUUAAGUAACUCUUAGUUGUUUACUGGAGUUAUUUAUAAAUUAAUUGAAAGCGUUAUUGAAGCUGACAGAAUAAUUAUUUCUACUAAUUUUAUUGACAUCAAAGCACUAAAAAUUAAAUUCUGUAAACAGUUUUCAAAAUACAGAGAAAUCUUUAGUUCUUAACUUAAUUCACAGUUAUUAUUUGUGUCAAUUCCUAAAAAUACCCAAAAAGAACUGUUUCUCUCACAAAAUAUGAUACAAACUAUUUUUAAGAUUUUAUUUUUUUUCCAUUUUAAUCUUAUUUAAUCCUCGUUGUGCUUUAAGGAGCAUAUUUUCUACAACUUUUAUGUUUCAAAAUUAAUCAUUUCCUAGACACAAUUUUUAAUUUUUAUUUUUUUAUCAGUUUCUUUAAACAGUUUGGGCCUCAAACUAAAACAAUCAGCGAUGAAAAGGUCAUGAAAAAAUAUUUUCUACAGCCCAUAAAAAUCUCCUGAGUUGUUUAUUGUUGUACAAGAACUUUGUAAAAUAAUUUAAACUUGAUUCUUUUUUCCCCAGUACUUUUACUCAUUCCUUUUUGAAAAGGAAUGAGGAUCAAAAAUUUGACUUUUGCUCACUUAUUAACAUCUCUUUGCUGUAAUCACAAUUUAAACUUUUAAAAUUGUUUAGUGCACUAAAAUUGUGUUUUUGCUUUUCCCUCAUUGUUUUGACUGAGUAGUAGCUCUUAGUGUUUUUAUUUUUCUGCAACUUUAAUGUUUGUUUGACUUUAACAGAAAACUUUUAUUUUGCAGCACUUUUAUUUGUAGUUGUAUAAUGAUGUGGUAAUGCUGGAUUGUCUUUUAUCCUGAGUUAAUUCUGCUAAAACUGUGUGAAAUAAAAAAAAAAUA